AUGGCCGGAUUCCAACUUUUGCUGCUCCACAUUCGACGUGACUUUCAGGCCAUGACCGAGUCUGACCCCCGAACGGCCCUGAUCCCGGUGCUCUCGGAUGAUUACAGUCGCACUCUCGAAACAAUCGACGUCUUUGUUGUCGAUGUCGAGCCCAAGAGCACGAGCACCAUUAUCAAGCUUAUAGGCAAGGAGUAUCCAUUGACAGCCUUGCCGCACAUCAAACGGAUCAAGCGAACGCCGCCCUCCGAAUCCACCACCGGUGAAGCGAUCCUGACGAUCGUUCUGGCAGUCGCAACCGAAACCACGGCCGAGCAGCUGAAAACCCUCUUCCAGGCACAUACAGCUGCCCUGAAGAGCGACCUGCGGAUACAAAAGGUGCCGAAGCAUCCGCCGCUCACGCCGGCGCAGUUUGACGAAUGGAAGAAAGUCUGGCCGGUCUCGUUCCACGAUCUGCAGAGAAGCAAGGACGAGGAGUUUGACUGGUCCUAUCUCGAGCGGGCCAAGCAAUGGAUGGACAUGGCAAUCGACGAAGCCCUCACCGCAAAGCAGAAUGGCGAGCGGCCAGUUGGGGCCGUUCUGGUCGAUCCGCAGAGCAACAAGUGCAUCAGCCGCUCACACGACUUGCAGAUCGCAGGCGCAUUCAAGCUCAAGCACGCCGUCAUGAACUGUAUCGAGGAGGCCUCGCAACUGGAGCUGUCAUUUCGCUCGGGAAAGGUCGGAGGCCUGGACGAGUACCCUCGCAAGCGCAAGUCACCCGAGGACGAGGACAACAGGGGCACCGAGGGCACUGGAAGCAUUGCGGGCACUGAGGCUGAAAACGGCUCAGCGAUCGUGCGACCGGAUGACUUGGACGGAAAGUCGGGAUAUCUAUGCAACGGUCUGGAUCUGUAUGUGACCCACGAGCCGUGUGUGAUGUGCUCGAUGGCUCUGGUACACUCGAGAAUCAGCCGAGUCUUCUACUGCUUCCCACAGAGCUACGGCGGCCUCGGCUCGGCUUACAAGAUUCACACACACCCGUCAAUCAACCAUCACUUCAAGGUGUACCGAGAUCUGCAGGCCGAUCGAUGCCGGGACGCAGUCGGUCCGCUGGGAUAUGAAAUCGGACACGUUGCAUCCAAAGUGGGCGAGCCAUAAGCCGAGCAAGUACUUUUGUGGUCCAAGUACAUGCGCCUGGAGCCUACGACGGCACUUCCGCACCGUUACGACCUAUCCACGAGCAGCCCCGAUUCCCUGGAUCUUGAAGUUGAUUCGACCAUGCCACUGACG